CUCAUCUCUUUCGCAUCAUCUUAGAAUCCAUCUAUCAUCGCUCCUAUCCCCAGCCUGUGAUUUUCACCAUUUCUUCCGGCACAGAAAUGGCCACCGAGGAACCACUCUCCGUCGACGCCACGGUUGCGGCAGUUGAUAUGCAGAUUGCAACCGUUGAGACUGCCAAUGACGACAAACCGAAUACCGCUGCCGAGUCAAUCGAGCCGAAGAAGGGGAAAGAGACCAAGGCGAAGAAAUCAUCCGUUUCAACGAAGAAGAAAAGCCUUCGUACUCAUCCCUCUUACUUCGAGAUGGUUCAGGAGGCGAUUGUUGCUCUGAAGGAGAGGACUGGAUCGAGUCAAUAUGCAAUUCAGAAGUUCAUCGAGGAGAAGCAUAAGACUCUGCCUUCGAAUUUCAGGAAGUUGUUGCUCGUUUAUCUGAGGAAGCUUGAGGCUUCCAAUAAGCUCGUGAAGGUGAAGAAUUCGUAUAAGCUUUCAUCGGCUUCUAAGCUUGCCAUUUCGGCAACCACGGUUAAGAAGCCCUCGGCUGCAACUGCCACCAAGUCCAAGGCAACAACCAAGGUGAAGAAGGCUCCUGCCAAACCUAAAGCCGCCGCUGCCAAGCCUAAGCCGUCUGUCAAGGCUAAGCCGGCUGCCAAGCCGAAAGCAGUCGCCAAGCCGAGGACGGUUGCCAAGCCAAAGACCGUCGCCAAGCUGAAGACGGUAGCCAACGGCAAGAAGGCCUCUAAGACCGUCGCACCCCCUGCAAAAGCCAAAGCUGUUGCCAAGGCAUCAAAGGUGGUGCCUGCGAAGAGGAAGGCUGCGCCGAGCUCCAAGCCUGCGGCGAAGGUUGCCAAGACGUCUGCUAAGGCGACUCCGGGGAAGAAGGUAGCCGUUCCUAAGGUAGCGCCGAAGAAGGCGACCCAGGUGAAGAGCGGGAAGGCUAAGACGCCGGUGAAGAAAGCAACGGCCAAGAGGGCGGGGAAGAAGUAAAUAGACCAGAUAGCCCCUUAGGGGAAUGAACUGCCUGUAGUUCAUUAGUUGUGCAUUAGGGGUGGUCUUGUAAUUGUACCGGCUUCUGUUUGUUUAUUUUUAUUAAGUUAGUGUGUGUCUUGAUCAUCAAAAUACAAAUAUAGAGAAGGGAAUCUGAAUAUGUUCUUCACCGCUUACAUUUUCCGACCACCUUUCCUGCGUUUAGGGUCAUCGAACUUUAGCCAACUCUUAAUUAUUGGUACUACAAAUUUAUGAAACUGAUUGUAAUUAGGAAUCUAAGAAUGAUGACAAAGUAAAAUAACAAAUUUGGUGUUUA